GGUUUUGGGAGAACUCAGGAGCCAUCGACGAUAUAGGGUUUUAGCCUUCCCCUCUCAGUCUCUCUCCCAUGGCGACCGAGGGAGAGACGGCCUCCCAGAACGGAGUGGCUGCUGCAGCAUCAGAUAUCGAGGGCGUUCCGCCAUCCGGGGAGUCCCCACCGCUCGACAUGGAGGUUGAGACCCCUGACCCCACUCAGAACUCUAAUCCCGCAGAGACUGCGGCGCUGGAGGCGUCGAAGAGAGGCAGAGAGGAACAAGAAGAUGUGAAGGAUGAGGAAGCUUCCGGUGAUGAGGGCGCCAAAAGGGCUAAGGUUGAGGAGAACUCUGUGGAGGAGCAGAGGCUCAAGGUGAUGACUGAGCGGGAAAUUGGAGAAGGGGAGAAGGAAGAUGAGUCAGCAAGACAAGGAGAAGAUGAAGGAGUGCAAGGAGAUGCUGAGGGGGUAAAGGGAGAGGACAGAGGGGAAGGAGAAGAAGGGGAAAAGGCAAAGGAAGAUGAAGAACAGGAAAUGGAGAAAGAAGGUGAAGAAGAAGGAACAGAAGUGGAAGAUCAGAGGGAAGAAAACGUGGAAGAAUGUGGAGGAAGUGGAGAGGGUGCCCUAGGAUCUGACGGCGUCAAGCUUGGUCCAAAGACGUUCAGUUCUUCGGUGGAGAUGUUCAACUAUUUCUACAAGUUCCUUCAUUUUUGGCCUCUAAACGUUGACAUCAAUAAGUACGAGCACAUGAUAUUUCUGGAUUUGCUCAAGAAGGGCAGCUUGGAGGCUGAGAAGAAAAUGGGCAAUGGUGUGCAGUCUUUCCAGAUUCGGGUUCAUCCCGUGUGGAAAACCCGCUGCUUCUUUGUCAUGAGGACAGAUGACUCUUUUGACGACUUCAGCUACCGGAAAUCCAUCGAUAAUAUACUCCCUUUGCCAGAAAAUAUGAAGGUUCCUGCUAAAGCGCACGUUGACAAAGCAUUAGCAGGUAAGAAGCCUGCAGUUCAUCGUCAAGGUGGUGGAGGGGGGAAGGGAAACCAUGGUCGUGGUAGAGGUCGAAAUAGAAAAUGAGGUUUUGAUCCUUUAUGCAGGUGGUCGUCAUUCUCCAUUGCAUUAAGCUACCUUGUCGAUGGAAUUUCGUAUGCGAGUUUUAGUUUUUAAUGUCAACUCUGAAGUUACCUUUUUUGGCAGCAUCCUUUUCCUUGUUCUUAAUAGCUUGUCGUUAAAUGCGCCUUAGUUACCACAAUGAGACUAUAUAUUGAUGUCAAAAUUUUACAUAAUAAUCAGUAAGUUUCCUGUUUAUUAAUAGCA